CCACUCUGACAUGACGUCAUUUCCUGCAAGGUUCCGGAACGAUGGAGAAGAAAAAAUUAUAAUAAUUGAACGAUGAGGACGGAGGCCUUCACCAAAGCGCCACCUACAUCAACUCGAACGUCCAAUCCGCAAAGUGAUAGGUUGGACUUUGACAAUGAUGAUGGUGGCAAUGAUGCUGCGAGCCAGUUUCUUGAGUUCAGCGACGCUUCAGACUUGGACUCGGAUGGAGAACUUGAGGAAGGAGAGAUUGCAUCAGAGGUCGAGACAGUCGACGAUGACUCGAGACCUGCCAGCGAGGUCAAAUGUCAAACAGACAGUGCUAGAAGUAAGAAACUUCAUAUACCCAACUUUAACAUAGUCAAAUACAAACAAUCUUAUGAGUAUGGCAGUGCAGCUAGCAGCAAUACGAGUACAGACCAAAUCAAAGCGGAAUCCUCGGACAUCGCGGCGGAGGAGAGUUUUGACAAGAGUGAUGUCGAAUCCAGUGAUGGUGAAAUCUAUUCUGCGAGUGAAGAUAAUCAAAUAUCUGAUGAAAAAGAGCAGGCAAUGGACCUGUUUGAUAUGGUGUUUGACAUCAAGUCAGAAAAAGAGGAAAACACUGCUGAUUCUGUAAACGAUACGCUCACGGAGGACAUGAGUGAUGGGGUGGGAAGAAAAAGAAAGUACAGUGCUACAAAUAAUGAAGAGAAAAAUCAUACCGGCGAGGAGUCUUCUACCACAAAAAAAUUCAAAGCAAGCUGUCAAGCAGCAGUGGAGGAUCCCAGUUCUGAUGCUGGAACCACAAAUGAGAAUGGCUUAACACACGAGUUUGAUGUGAUCGAUGAAACCAAUGAAGAGGGAGGAGACAACUAUGAUCAGGAUGGGGGAGAAUAUGACAGUGAUGAUGAAGAAGAUGAUGACUUAGAUGACAAUGAAAUUUAUGCCUGGCUGGAGGAAGGUGUCAGUAAGAAUUCUGCCAAGCCAGACGGAGACGAGGAACCAUCACGAAGGGAGAAACUUGUAUUACAAGAGAAAGGUAGUGAUCCAUUUGAUAUGCUGCCAGAGGGCUGGGUGCUGAUCACACACAACAGUGGUAUGCCUGUCUAUCUUCACAAAGAGUCCCGCGUGGUCACCUUCUCCAAACCCUAUUUCAUAGGGCCAGGCAGUGUCAGAAAACAUAACAUUCCUGUAAGUGCUAUUCCAUGCUUCUACUACAGAAGAGAGAAGGAGCGAGAAGCCAAAGAGAGGCUUGAAAAGGAGGCCACUGGUGCUAACGGCAAUGCUACAGAUUGUAACAAAGUAUCUCAUAAUGCAGAGAAUGGAAUCGAGAAGGAGCCUGCUGAUCCUUCUAAGCCUACACUGGCCAGCCUGCCAGUCAAGAUAGAGUAUGCGGAGGAGAGGGAGAAAGAAAAUUCACUGGAACCGGAUGAACUAAGAAAGUAUUGUGAAUCUGUAUUUGAAUUCCGAAAAAUAACAGUCAAUAAAUUCAAAACUUGGAAGGACAGGAGGAGGCAUUUAAACAGAGUGAAGAAAAAGUCCCGACCAGCACUACCGUCCAACACCAAACUGAUUACUUGUAAAGUCCCAACAGACAAAGGGGACCAUAAACCAAGGAAGAAAGAGUUUGUAUUGAACCCUACAGGAAAGUCCUAUGUCUGUAUUCUACAUGAGUAUGCCCAGCAUACACUGAGAGUGCAACCCCGUUAUGUUUUCAAAGAGCUCGAGAAUGCGCAGAACCCUUAUAGUGCCACAAUAAUUAUUAAUGAGAUUGAAUAUGGUACAGGAUUUGCAGGGAGCAAGCGAGCAGCCAAAAUGGAAGCAGCUAAGUCCACUUUGAGUAUUCUUAUCCCAGAAAUGUCCAAGUUAAUAGAGAAACAAGUGGAGGAGGUGGAGGACCUCUCAUUUUUCGAUGAUAUUAAGAUUGAGGACCCCAGAGUUUAUGAGUUGUGCAAUAAAUCAGGUCAACCUAGUCCGUUUCAGAUUCUACUGGAGUGUCUCAAGAGGAAUUAUGGGCUGGGAGAUACGCAGUGUAAGAUUGAUGUUAGGACCCUGAAACAUCAGAAGAGUGAGUACACUCUGACCGUCGGGAAGCACUCUGUCACGGUGGUGUGUAAAAAUAAGCGUGAGGGGAAACAGAGUGCUGCUCAGGCCAUGUUGAAGCAACUUCAUCCACAUAUCUUCAGCCUGGGUGCCUUGUUACGGUUAUACGGAAGAUCUUCCUGGAAAAGUGUGAAGGAGAAAAAGAAAGAGGAACAUGCUAUCACUGGCUUGCAGUCCCAAGUACGAUCCAAAAAACCAAACGAACCUCUACUCCAAAAGUUAAAGGAAGAAAUGAUGAAAAUUCAGAUGCAAAGGGAAUCUGUUCAAACCAAGGGAAAGUUUCGCAUCGAUGCCAAAACUCUGUCCGGCACUGUGACGUGUAUUGACCUAUGAUAGCAGUGUCUCAAAAUCUCUCCAAGUUCAUUGGACCACCAAAUAUUCCAAUUAAUUUGUUAGUUAUUAAAUCGAAGGACUGUGAUUGGAUAGAAUUUACUUGCCUUCAGAUUUUUGUAAGUGUAUACCAGAGUGAUAUAUUUGAGCUGAUGCAAGUCCAUUUAUUAUUAGUAUGAUUGAUAUUUAUUGAUUGUCCCAAUCGAAUUUUAUUUUUGAGAUGAAGUACCAUGUGUGUUGAUAGGAAUCCAUAGAUAUACUUGUGAAGUGUAUUAUGAAUGAAGAAUGUCCCUACUACCCCCCCCCCCUUCCCUCCCCCACCCCCAUCAGCUGUGCUGACAGAUUUAUGUUGCCUCCUUUAAGGCUUAUUUUCACCUCUGUCAUUCUUCUCAAUAUUUGGGGAAUUUAAACCAGGUCGAAUAUUUUUUUCAGAGUGCAUGUGCACCUGGUGUCUCUUUUUUACAACAAACUGUGUGUUCAUAUCAAUGUAGAAGUUUACACGUUUGUUUUUGUUGAAUCCAGAUUAUUGUAUUUCACUGGUACUGUACUGAAUUCCUUAAUACUGUGUUAUAGGUAGAGUAGUGAGGUUUUUGAAAGAAAAUUUAAAAAACAACAACUGAUGGAAGCAAGUUCAAAAAGAAAAAAAAUAACAAACCUUCACUUUUAUUCGUUCAGUGGGUCCCACAAUCUGCUGUUUUUCUCAUUUUGUUCCUGGGCAGAUUUUUCCUUCUUCGAUAGCAUUUUGUUUGGAAAUAAAAAGUUUUAUAAGGCUUCAAUACUGAUUAAUGUUAAAAUUGUAUAAUAAUCUGAGGCUAAUUUUAAAUUUUAAUCACCUCUGUGAAAAUACUAAUAAUGGGGCAAAAAUGUCUUGUCAUGCAGUUUCAAUGUAAUUGCAGCUUUCAGUUCAAUCAAACUUAAGCUAUUCACAAUUACAAUUAUUUCUUUGUAAGCCAUCAAGCACAAAAGCUGUCACUUGUUACUGUUUUACUGAAUCAGAAUUUAAAGAUGCAAGGGUAUAACUAUAGGGAGAGGAAGGUACACAUGUUUGCACACUCCCCCUUUUUUUGUCAGUUUUGUUCAAAUUUUAACUUUUUUAUAGUAAGCAUAAAAGAAUAAAGUCAUAAAUACAUUAAUAGGAAAUUACUUAAAUGCAGGGUUUUUCUGCACUCAGCUUUGACAACCCCCCCCCCCCCCCCCCCCCCCCCCCCCCCCCCCCCCCCGUAAAUGUUUUCAUAAAAUAUCAAAAUCCCACAGCAGGAGCAACUUCUAUUAAGAUUAGUAAAGAAGGAAAGGGCCACAUUACAAUGGAUUUCUCUUUGUUCCUUGUGUUGUGUUUCCAUUUCUCUAAAUAUACACAAGUACUAGUGCUGUAUACCCUCAUUGUGUAGGGGAGACAAACAUCACUGGAGAGAGAGAGAGAGAGAAAUUCUCAAGACACAGCACUUCUUUGAUUUGAAUCAGUAUCGCUUCAGGUGCUAGGACAAAAGUCCUUCCUCCCUCACAUUCCUUAUAUUAUUAGGAAAUUUUUAUUUAGAUUUUUAUUUAAUGGUUUUGAACCCCCACCCCAUUAUUUUUCUCCACUUCCAUGCCCAGUUUGCAAAACUUGACAGACAUAUGCAUUCCUAGUCACCUUUUUUUGUUUUUAUUUCUUUUCAUAUCACCAGGCCCUUUUAUUUUUGUAUGUAGACUUGUACAAAAUGAGUUCCGAGUAGAUACAAGUGUGAAAGCACAAAACAAAGACGCCCACACUCAAGCAUACAUACAUAUAUACACAUACACAUAUUUAUAUACACACACACACAUACUAAGAACUAGAGCAACCUUUGUGGUUAGUCGGCCUCAGGCAAGCUCUGUGGCUUUUGAGCCUCAGGCAAGCUUUGUCACUUGUGAGUCUCGGACAAGCUUUGUGGCUAGUGGGCCGCAGGCAAGCUUUGGACCUGUAGGCCCCGGGCAAGCUUUGGUGGGCCUGUAGGCCCCGGGCAAGCUUUGGUGGGCCUGUAGGCCCCAGGCAAGCUUGGGGCGGCCUGUAGGCCCCAGGCAAGCUUUUGGCCUGUAGGCUCCAGGCAAGCUUUGGGUCUGUAGGCCCCGGGCAAGCUUUGUGGCUGAUGGUGUCUUCUCAGCGUUUUUUUAUUUAAUUUUGGUAUUGGGGUUUUGACAUACUUUGUUAUGUACCUGUAAUUUAAUGUUUUUUAAGGCAUAAUCAUCUGUCUUGUGAUAUAUAUAUAAUAAUACACUUUGCCUUGUUGCCCAAAAUAUGUUGGGUUUUUCCCCACCAAUACACAUUGCCAAUUUAGAUUGAAUACAUUCAGCAAUUAAUUUUUUAUGUAUGAUAUGAAGAAAAGAUUUAUGUGUGGAAUAUGACGAUGAAAUUUAUGUGUUGAAUAUGACAAUGAAAUUUAUGUGUUGAAUGUGUGUGUUUGCUGUAAAUUUUAGGUAUUCUGUACAAAUUCUAAAUAUAAAUCCAUGACAUAUGUCAAGGCAUUCCAUGUGUGACUCACAAUCAAGACGUCAUCGAAAGUUUGUUUUUUAUGCUCUCAAAACUAAACGUAGAUAUAUUGUUUUGAUGUAUUUGUCUGUCAAACAUGUCGGAAUUGAAAUGGGAAAUGUUAUCUGCAUUUUGAUUGGCUAUUAGCUUCAACUUUGUUGUCAUAGAAGAAUGAUGCACAUAUUCAUAAUUCAUCUCGAAGUACUUUGGUGUUAAUCACCAACUGCAUGAACAAUAUGACUUUAUCCUUAUCCAAUGGAUAAAGGUAUUCCUGGUUGUUUCGCACAAGGAAAACACCACAAACGCUCAAUGUAUCCAUAUGUGAAGUCAAGUUGAUGACGUUAGUAGAGAAAUAAACAGUUGUGGCCAUGUGAAUAUUAACCAUUUCAAAUCGCUGAAUAAAACAAAUAUUCUAUAGAUAUCCUCUUUCCAUUUUAAGCAAAAUACUAAUAGUUGUAUUAGAAUGAGUAUAUCUUGUCCUGUCUCAAGAUUUCAAACCAGAAGACGGGGGCUGUUUAGUCCCCAAUGCUGUGUGUACUUGUAACACCUUUCACUAUCGCCAAAUGACCAGAUGUUGUGUUUUCAGAAUUUGCAAAUGCUGUAGCUAUUCUCCAGUGGUUGUCCAGGUAAAUUUGAACUCAGUAAAGAAAAUUAUUACUUUUAA